AACAGAGUGAUCAUAAUAAUCAAGCCAAGAUCAUGUCUUUUCUUGUGCUACAAGUAGCCAUAUCAGUAUUUUUCAUGGUGGUUAGCUUGGGAUCAGUCAACUGUGAGGUGGACGUUCUGGAUCCAACUUACGGAUUCACAGAGCUGCCCCUCAACACUUCCCAACACCGCAUUCACACGCCCUACGACUUGCCCGAAUCUCAACGGUACAGCCUCGUCGACGGAGUCCACAAGCUGUGGGUCUAUUCGACGGACAAGCCACAUUACAAUGGCAGCACCACCGAACCGAGAUCAGAGAUCAAGAUAGCCGAUUAUACGUACAAUUCAGGGAUUUGGCAAUUUGAAGGGCAUGGUUACGUGCCCAAGGGCACCAACGGGGUGUCCAUAAUGCAGGUGUUUGGGGGAAGCAACGGUCGCGCAACCAGCUUGAUGUUGCACGUUUACAAUGGCUCCUUGAGGUACUAUGGAUCGGCGGUGAUCGUGCCGGAGAUCUUCGACAGAUGGUUUCGGUUGAACGUGAUCCACGACGUGGAGGCGGCGACGCUGGAGGUGUACGUUGAUGGGGUUCUGCAGCUUCGAGCGCCGGGGCGUGGAGGGACGUCUCACUAUUUCAAGUUUGGAGUGUAUGCGCAGAGGAAUGCGUCGUAUUAUAUGGAGUCGCGAUGGAAGGGGAUUCGAGUUCUGUACAAGGAAAAUCAGACUUCUGGUACUGAACAGGGUUAUUAGUGAUUGUUUUUUUUCUUCUUGAUAAUGGGUUAGUGAUUGUUUGGUAACAUUCGUUCAUGAAUUCGUAAGUUGGGAUUCUAGAAACGUAUAUGAAUCCAAAAAAUCUCUCAUGAAAAAUUCGAAGUUAGGGUUAAUUGCAUGGUUGGUCACUGAGAUUAUAAAAAAUGUUUAAGUUU